AUGAAAGUCGGAAGUAUAGAACUCUUAUUAUCACUGUUAGUAGGUACAGCAGUGGCCUGGGAACAUACAGACGAGAAGGAAUUCCGACGGGCGAUAGGAGGUCAUAACCAUGCCUUAGUUGCAUUUAUAGAACCUUCAACCGCUGCUAGCCAAGCUUUAGAACCAGAAUGGACAUCAGCGGUAGAAUCAGAAAAGAAGGCUCUAAUUAGCAUAGACUGUGCCUCCACAAAAAGUCUAUGUCAGGAGUUUGGCAUCAUCUCAUAUCCCGCACUGCGGUUCUUCGACGGCCAUGGAAAAAUGACAUCCUAUCGAGGUCCUAGAAGGGCGUCUUCCAUCCUCUCAUACCUAAAGCGAGCAGUUCGCCCCUCCAUCACGACACUAAAUUCAGAGGCAAAACUUAUUAAAUUCCAAUCUCGAGACGACUAUGCUAUGAUUGCGCAGAUCAACGCUCAGGACCCACACAUUAAAACAGCGUACGAAAAGCUUGCCUCCCAAUACCGGGACCGAUUAUCCUUCGGGUCGGUAGAAACAUCGGGCGCAACGACGGUAUCGUGUUACAACAACCGCGACGGCCAGCAAUUCACUGUGUCGGACCUGGCUGGUAUCAACGCCUUACCUCAGCUUAUCGAGAGUUGUCUCGAGCCUGUGAUCGGUGAAUUUACACGAGCGAAUGAGAUGAAGUAUUUACAGACCGGCAAAUCGCUAGUUUUCUACUUCGUCACAUCAUCGCAAGAGCGGGAACCCUACGUAGCUGCAAUGCGAUCCGUUGCCAAGAUGUACAAGGAGUAUUUAAGCUUCGUGACAGUUGACGCGGGCGAGUACGGUGACCUAGCAGCGCCUCUAGGCCUAGUUCCAGGUGCAUUUCCCGCAUUGUCGGUGCAGAACCCGAUGUACGGCCAGGUAUUCCCAUAUCCGCGAGGGAACCAGAUUACCCCCGAAGCUGUAGGUGCUUUCUUGAUGGACAUCGUGCAGGGUAAGGUGCAGCCCUGGGACGGAACCUUCAGCUCGGAUGCCGCUGGUGAGCAUGCACACGAUGAAUUGUGAGCUAUGAAGGUUUAGGAUGAGGAAUGGGUUGAGAAAUGAUGUGUAAGCAUAGUUCCAUGACAAGAUUGUAUUUAUAUGAUAUCCGCCGAAAGAGCAAAAAUACCAUGACAUCUCUUAGCUACUUGAAGCCACCCAGUUCCAAAUGAGACCAGUCUCGGUUUCUACGGCAGACUCAAGAAGAGUUCCAGCAGCUUGGGAUAGUCCGGAACACUAAAUUCGCACCAGGUCAGUCAAAAUCAUCAAAUUCAAACAUGCGGAAUACCUACCCCAUUCCAGUAACAGGAUCCCAGCCCUCGAUCGCCGGAAACCCAGUCGUCUUACACGCUCUAUUAUCCCCCUUCGUGAUAUCCUUAAAGACCUCCGGGUGAGAGUACUGCAAUC